AUGUGGAUAGAAAAGGAUAUCGGGGGGAAAUGCGUAAGGGGGGGAGCGCUCAGUCAGCAAGUGAGCGACGGCAUUGAAACGUUAAAGCGGAAUAACAAUUUUCCGUUUAGCGGCAUUGGCGGGAAUCUUCUUUCGGAGGCGAAAAAGAGGCGCUGCGACGAGCGACUGCGCAGGCUGAGCCGCUCGACCGUCUUGACCACUUCGACGAAAUCGGGUGGAUCGGCGGUGUUGACUGCGUCGGCCGCGUCGGUCGCAUCAGCUGCAUCAGCCGCAUCAGCCGCGUGGACCACCUCGACUGCGUCCACCAUAUGUUGGGCUGCCGCGAAGGGGGAUGAGCAGUCGUCGGGCAAGUCCAAAGGAGGGGAAGCCCACCGGUGCAGAAAAGGCGAAAAGGGGGAAGAACUGCCCGAAGGAGGAGAUCUCUUCGGGGGUGAUAACUGGAGAGACAAAACAAACACUGCUACAUGCAGAAAUGACGAUGGGGGAAAUGCAAAAAAUAAAACUUGGCGCAAUUUGAGUAGCGUCCAUUUGGCGAAGGAACUCCAAGUGACUUCCUCACGAAAGAGACCCAACCAACCGAUGGAUCAAUGCCCCACGAGUGGAUCCGAAUGGAAAAGCAGAAAUGUUUUCGAUUUUGACGGGACUCACUACAAAAGCACACAGUACUUAAACAACAGCGCGGUCUACAAUGACAGCAUCGUGAACAAUGAGACGGUCGUAUGCCAGGAAUGGCCGGAGAUGAGUAACCCAGGGGAUUCCGCGGCGGCCUCGACCACGGAGAGGAAAGGCCGCGAGGGGUGCCAACUGGGCAAAACAGAAGCGCCCCAACUGGGCAAAAUAGAAGUGAGCCAAGUGGGCAAAACAGAGGCGCACCAACUGAGGAACCCCGAGGAGGGGAGGGAUGACCCCCCGGUAAUGACCCCCCUCUCAAGGAAGCAAAACCACAGAACGAGCAUACAAAACGUUAUCCAAAAGGACAUCCCCACGUUUAUAAAGAACACAGUGAAUAACCACCUGGCCCAAAACAUAAACCACCAAGUGCAGGAAGCAAUAAAAAAAAAUCUGUCCAACUUGCCUUAUCAUAACGGAACCGACAUCUCCGAAAAAAAGACACAAACGUUUAGUACACAGGAUGUGCAAGAGAAACUAAGCGACCUAGUGAACAUCGAAAUGAGGAAGAAUGCAAACCGUAUAUACUCCACGGUAGGGGAGCGUAUUCAACAAAAUGUGAAUAAAGAAAUCGAGAGGAACACACACAUCAUGAACAGGCAGAUAAAACAAAACGUAACCGACCAGGUUGAAACAAACCUUGAAAAAAUUUACAGCCAAGUUGACCUAAAGGUAGGAAAAAAAGUCAGUAAUGAGCUAGCCAAAAAUAUGAAUAGCGUACAGAGUAAUCUUCUCCAAAAUAUAAACAACGAACUGAAGCGGAAGGUAAAACUCAUUGGAGCAAAUGUAGACAGUCAAGCCAAGGUGCUCAUCUCAAGUGAGCUCAAAAGAAACAUAGACUUCCUACACAAUCGAAUUAAUGAUAAUAUGAAUAAAGAAUUAAAAAAAUGUCUUUCCAUUUUGAAUAGAAAUAUUGAUGAAAAUUUGCAUGAACAGAUGGAUAGGAGCGUCCAAAUUUUCCUCAAACAUGUUUGUGAAUGCCUAAGUGAGGAAAUUAAAAACAACGUUAACGUGAUGGAGAAGGGUAUGCUUACGAACUGGGACGAUCACGUUUUGGAGAAGGUCACAAGUAGAACGGAGGAGGUGAUAAAUCGAGUCCAGGAGUCCAUGAUGAUAAUGGAUAACACCACGAAGCGAGCGGAGGAAGCUAUCGGCCUGACUAAACACCUCGCGGAGGAAACCGUCGGACUGAGUAAACACCUCGCGGAGGAAGCCGCCGGACUGACUAAACACCUCGCGGAGGAAGCCGCCGGACUGACUAAACACAUCGUGGAGGACAUCUCCUCCGAGGUGAGAAGGUGCUUCGAUCAGCUAGGCACAUCUGUACAGGAAGGCAUUUGUGGGGACCUGAAAAGCGGCCUACAAGGCCUCGGUAAAGAGAACGAAGUGACGUCUGCAAAGAUGGCCCAAGUGAUAUGUGCCAAGGUGGAGACCGCGACAAGCUCUGAGAUGGCACGACAAAUGGGUGCGCUACUCGGUGGUCUGCGUGACGAAGUGAGAGAUAACCUGGGAAGUAUGGAGGUCGCUCUGAAGGGGGACCUGAAGGGGAGUCUCGAGGGAACCCUCAAGCGAAGCGUAGAAACCACUUUGAAGGGAAGCCUAGAGGGAGCCCUAAAGAGAAACCUCGAGGAAGCCCUAAAAGGAAGCCUCGAAACCUCCCUAAAGAGAAACCUCGAGGGAACCCUAAAGAGAAGCCUCGAAACCUCCCUAAAGAGAAGCCUCGAAACCUCCCUAAAAGGAAGCCUCGAAACCUCCCUAAAAGGAAGCCUCGAAACCUCCCUAAAAGAAAGCGUGGAGACCCCUCUGCAGCGAAGCCUCGAAACGAUCCUGCGGGAAGAACUGAGCAAAACUGCACAGAUGCUGCACACCGAUGCGUGCGAAGAAGAAGCCAAGAGGAGUGACUCAAAAUUAGAGACAGUCCUGAAAAAUUCUAACAAAAAUUUCGAUGCCCUAAUCAAAGUACAGAAAUCCCUGUCAAUCGACCUGAAUAAAGAAAUGAGAAUCGUAAAAGACAUGAAGAAGGUCAACAUGGUUGACGUGAAAACAUUUUUUAAAACGUACUUAACCUGUAUGGAAAAAAAAAUGUCCGAUGUGAUGGAGAAAAACAACAGUACAGUGAUAAACACAAGUGAGUCUAUCCUUAGCAGGUUAGAUAAUGCCUUUUCCGAAAUGGAUAGAAUUUCCAGUGUACUAUUCGAGAAGAUAAUGGAGAAGGUUGGAGAGGCCAAUAAGAAAUACUCUCAUCGUAUUGCAGAAGAAGUUGGAAUAAUGGCUAGUACUCAUGAGAGUUUUAUGAAAAAUCAGUGCAUCGUGACGGAGGAACGCCUCGAAAAGAUGAUGCAAGAUUUACUCCAUCUGAGUGAAGCAACUGCACAAAAGACACAUGAACGGAUGAGAAUCAGCAACGAGGAUGUGUUAAGUACCUUUAUCGAUACUGUACAAACGGAAAAGGUUCAUAUGAUUAUGCAUGCAGAAGAAAUUAUGACCUAUUUGAAGAAGAGCAUAGAGGAACACUCAAGUAACAUACUAGACAAUUUGAGGGGGGUACUUAAUGAGAAGGAUGAUCAUAUGAUGGAGGGAUUCAAACAGGUCAGUAACGAACUUGAUAUGAAACUGGGAGAACAAGCCAAACAGUUUUUAAGUCUCCUCGACCGGAAGAUAAACGAUGCUGUUGGGGGGAGAGGAGUACAAUGUGAGGGGGGUACAGAUGGGUAUAAGCACGCCUACCAGGUGCAGGGAAUCACCUUAGGGCCAAAUCAGGUUAAACCAGUUCGUGUCGACAACAAGAAGAGGUACCUAAUUGGUAGCGACAUGAUGGAAAAUCCGUUAGGCAGCACCGAUCGAGGAGAGCACAGGAAAGCGAAGUGUGCAAUGAAGCGCGGAAUGAAGCGCGGAAUGAACCGUGGAGUGAAGCGUGGACUGGAGUGGACGCAGUGUCUUGGCACGCACGGAGAGAUGGACCAACCAAACAGACGCAUCGGGAAGAGUGUAAAUAAGAAGAAUCCGAAUCUGCCGCAGAACGACAGAGAGGCGACGCGCAAGAGGAAGCCAAUUUACGUUGUCAAUUACUUAAGGAGCAAAAACAACGACCUCAUCGAGGUCGUUCAGCAUCUGCAUGAAAAGACGAGGAAG